AUGGAUCCCAGAUGUAGUGAAAUUCCCCAUCCAAUUAAUGGAUUUGAGUUUGAUAGCGAGAAGUCACUUCCAACCUAUGAGCAAUCCCAAAACAGUGCCAAUGGAUAUGAACGCGAUCUCUUGGAGCUCGAUGUCCUUGACAUGUCUUUCUUGCCGUUAAGCCCAAGCCCUGAUAGUUUUGCUCCAUCUUCAACCUUGAGCUAUGAAACUGUGUCUCCAGAUGAUCAAGACUCUGAUCCAGUGCUUAAGUUCCUUAACCAAAUUCUGCUUGAAGAGAAUAUGGAUGAGCAGCCUAGCAUGUUCCACGAUCCGCUUGCCCUACAGGCUGCUGAGAAAUCUUUGUAUGAAGUUAUCGGUGAGAAAUACCCAUCUUCACCUUAUCAUAACUUAAAUUAUGGCGACCAACCUUUGGGUAACUCUGACAGCAGUAAUGCAGGCAGUAGUUCAGUUGAUGCUCAACGGCUUCUCGAUCCAGGCGAACAUAAUAGUUCACAAUCGUUGUUGGGUACUGUCAACAGCUCCAAAGACAUAAUUGAUACUCAGUCGCUGCUGCAAAACUUUUUCACGGAUAGUGAGUCAAUUUUGCAGUUCAAGAGAGGGAUGGAAGAAGCCAGUAAGUUUCUGCCCACAAGGAACCCACUGUUCAUAGAUUUGGACAAAUACGAGUUACCUCAGAAAUCGGAAAACAUAACUCCUCCUCCUCCUCCUGCGGCAACCAAGUCAGAAAAAGAAGAAGAUGCUGAAGACUCUUCUAAAAAUAACAAGGGCUCAAAGGGAAGGAAACAUCACUAUCCAGAAGACGGCGAUUCAGAGGGCUUGGAAAGAAGCAGUAAACAAUCCGUGACUUACGUCGACGAAAUCGAGCUGUCUGAAAUGUUCGAUCGUGUUCUCUUAUGCACCGAUCCAGACGAACAUCACAGUGGUGAUGUGUCCAGUGGCGGCAGUGCCCAAACAGUGAAAAACUCGACCAAUGAUGAUUCUGUUGACCUCCGAACCCUAUUAAUCAGCUGUGCCCAAUCUGUCGCUAGCGAUGAUCGUGCAACUGCGUAUGAACAAUUAAGGCAAAUCGGGAAACAUUCUUCCCCCACAGGUGAUGGAUACCAGAGAUUGGCUUACGUGUUUGCCACUGGUCUUCAGGCACGCUUAGCUGGCACUGGGGCAGAGCUCUAUACAUCUCUCACUCGAAGGAACAUUACGGCUGCCCAGAAGCUGGAGGCCUACCAGCUUUAUCUCUCUAUCUGCCCCUUCAUGAAGAUGUCGAUUUUCUUCGCUAACAAGAUGAUUGCCGCUUUAUCAGAAAAGGAAACUACGCUGCACAUAAUAGAUUUCGGCAUUCUUUACGGUUUCCAGUGGCCUGCUCUCAUCCAGCAGCUCUCUGAAAGGCCCGGCGGGCCCCCGAAGCUGCGCAUCACUGGGAUUGAGAUUCCACAGCCCGGUUUCCGGCCAGCUGAGAGAGUGGAAGAGACCGGAGUCCGGCUGGCAAGGUCCUGCCAACGUUUUGGUGUGCCGUUUGAGUACCAAGCAGUCGCGUCUAAAAACUGGGAGACUAUUAGGAUUGAGGAUUUGAAGAUAGUGAGUGGGGAGAUGCUGGCUGUGAACUGUUUGUUUCGAUUUGGUCGGUUGCUUGAUGAAACUGUUGUGGCCGACAGCCCGCGUGAUGAGGUUCUGAGAUUGGUGAGAAAAAUGAAGCCGGCUAUAUUUGUGAAUGCGGUCACCAGUGGUUCGUAUAGUGCGCCGUUUUUCGUGACUCGUUUUCGGGAGGCUCUUUUCCACUAUUCGGCGCUGUUUGAUAUGUUUGAUGCCUCUCUGCCUCGUGAUUAUCCGCAGAGAAUGGUGUUUGAGCAGGGGUUUUAUGGGCCGGAGGUAAUUAACGUUGUUGCUUGCGAAGGAAUGGAGAGGAUAGAAAGACCGGAGACUUAUAAACAGUGGCAAUUUCGUCUAAUGAGGGCUGGGUUCAAACCGUUUUCCUUGAAUCCAGAGAUUAUGGAGAAGCUAAAGCAUAAGAAGGCCAUGGCUAAAUACCACAAAGAUUUUCUGUUUGGUGAAGAUGGCCACUGGAUGAUACAGGGAUGGAAAGGCCGGAUUUUGUAUGCUAGCUCUUGUUGGGUCCCUUCAUACCAUCUGCUCCUUUCAAUGUCAACACCACCGUGGGAUGAUAUGAAGAUGCACUCUUACACAAGAUGUUGUGAAGUUCAUUUAAUAAAAAAAUUCAACGAAAUGAGAUCCGCAUCGCACCUUCCUCCUUGGCAUCUUUUUGAUGUUAAAUGGCUGUACCAAAUGUUAUUAUACUGGGUCCUCAUGGAUACUUUAGUACAAGAAGCAUAUGAUAUUUGUUCAAAAUCAGUAUCCCCCGACGAAAAUCAUGUUGUUGGAUGCCAAAAAAAAGCUGGUCACAAGGAAUUUUGUGCGGUGACAAAUGAUUACUACAGCUGGGUUGAAAAUUCGAAAACAAAUGGUUCCACCUCACAUCCGCAGAUGAAGGAAGCACAACCAUUGUUGUUGUUGUGUGAGACUGAGGGGGAGAGUUUGAAAGAAGAUGAUCAUUCUGAUGCAGUAUUCAAGUUCAUAAGGGAUAUGCUUAUGGAGGAAGAGGACGAGUUGCAGAAUCGCGCGUCCAUGCUCCACGAAUGCCUCGCUCUCCAGGCCACUGAGAAAUCCUUUUACGACGUCCUCAACAACAACCAUAAUAAUUCCGACCAUUUCACGAGAAACUAUAGCACCCCAAAUGAUCGGAGCCUUAACGAAAAGAAGAAAAACCGUGUCAGGGAGCCCAUCGAUGAAGGCCACAACCUUGUAAGGAGCAACAAACAAAUGGCGGGCAACAUCGAAGAAGACGAGCCUCUCGAGAUGUUCGACAGCGUUCUGCUUUGCUCCAUCUCGGACAACAAGUUCCAACGAACAAAGAAGAAAUCCCCACCGAAUCCAAUACCCAUAAGAGGCGGCCGCAAGAAAACCACAACAAACAUUAUUGAAUCCGGCGUCGACCUCCGGUCCCUCUUACUCCAGUGCGCACAGUGCGUGUCGGCCUUCGACAUCCGUACCGCGAACGAGCUUCUCCUCCGCAUAAGGGAGCACUCGUCCCCUCAAGGAGACGGUUCCCAGAGGCUCGCACAUUACCUAGCAAACGCCAUCGACGCCCAUGCGGUGUUGGAGCUGAUGAGGAAGAUGAAGCCAGCAAUUUUUGUACACGGAGUUGUAUGCGGAACGUACAACACGCCAUUCUUUGUUUCGAGGUUUAAGGAGACGUUGUACCACUUCUCGGCCAUGUUUGAUAUGUUUGAGGCGACGGUGGCGCGGGAGGACGAGAACAGAGUGCUGUUCGAGGAGUUGGUGUACGGAAAGGAGGUGAUGAACGUGAUAGCAUGUGAGGAUGCAGAGAGGAUAGAGAGGCCGGAGGGGUACAGGCAGUGGCAGUGGAGGACAGCGAGGGCUGGAUUCAGGCAAAUGGGAUUGGAUAAAGAGAUUGUGAAGUAUGUGAGGGAUAAGGUGCGGAGGGAUUAUCAUGAGGAGUUCUCGGUGGAAGAAGACGGGAAUUGGAUGCUGCAGGGAUGGAAAGGACGCGUUACUCAUGCCAUCUCCUGCUGGGAACCGGCCAACAACUGA